CACUGCGUCUGCGCGCACUGAGGUAGCGCUGCGGUUGGGGCCGCCCGCGGUGCGUCCCUAGCGACCUGUGCUGCACCGCGCCAGCCAGCCUGCAGAAGUGUGGCGAGCGACGCCGGAUAAGUAACGUCCAGGCGCCUCCCUCCAGCGCUUCGCAUCCAGUCGCGAGCCCCGCGCUUGAGGCUACAGGUCCCGCGAGCCCCCCGCCCAGCCGCUGAACAGAUCCCCGUUCUUGCCUCUGGCGAAGUCACCGAAGAGAGUUCGCCAUGGUGUAUGGACGAAGCGACAGCUACAGAGUUGCAGUUAACCCGAGGGUUCCCGAUGACGGCCGGACGCCAGACGGGCGGCCUAGGGCUCGGCGGAAGAUCGGAAAGAAGGAAAAGGAACAGAACUUGGAUGACCUCAAGCAGGAAGUGUCGAUGGAUGAGCACAAAAUCCCCAUCGAAGAACUUUAUGCACGACUUGGCACGAAUCCAGCCACAGGCCUCACAUCACAACAAGCUAGGGAAGUUUUUGAAAGGGACGGUCCAAACUCUUUAACGCCCCCGAAGAAGACACCAGAAUGGGUCAAAUUCUGUAAGAACCUCUUUGGGGGUUUCUCCUUACUACUGUGGAUCGGCGCGGUGCUCUGCUUCAUCGCAUAUUCCAUCCAGGCAGGCACAUUCGAGGAACCGCCCGAUGAUAAUUUGUACCUGGGGGCAGUAUUGGCCAUUGUAGUUAUUGUAACAGGUUGUUUCUCCUACUAUCAAGAAGCCAGGAGUUCAAAAAUUAUGGAGUCUUUCAAAAACAUGGUUCCACAGUAUGCCAUAGUGAUCCGUGAUGGACAAAAGUUACACCUUCCCGCUGAGGAGGUUGUGGUGGGAGACGUGUGUGAGGUAAAAGGUGGUGAUCGAAUCCCUGCUGACAUGCGGGUCAUCCAAGCACAAGGUUUCAAAGUGGACAACUCGUCCUUGACCGGUGAAUCUGAGCCCCAGACGCGCUCGCCAGAGCUUACGAACGAGAAUCCGCUGGAAACGAGGAACUUGGCCUUCUUCUCCACCAACUGUGUUGAAGGUACUGGCAUGGGUGUGGUGAUCAACACUGGUGACCGGACUGUUAUGGGCCGCAUUGCGAACUUGGCCUCUGGCCUCGAGAUGGGUGAGACGCCCAUUGCCAGGGAGAUUGCCCAUUUCAUCCACCUCAUCACCGGAGUCGCUGUGUUCUUGGGAGUAACCUUCUUCGUGAUUGCCUUCAUCUUGGGCUACCACUGGCUAGAUGCCGUCAUCUUCCUCAUUGGUAUCAUUGUGGCCAACGUGCCCGAAGGUCUCCUGGCCACUGUCACCGUGUGUCUCACCCUUACUGCCAAGCGAAUGGCCGCCAAGAACUGUCUCGUGAAGAACUUGGAAGCCGUAGAGACCCUUGGGUCAACCUCAACUAUCUGCUCUGACAAGACUGGCACCCUGACACAGAACCGUAUGACUGUUGCCCACAUGUGGUUCGACAACCAGAUCAUCGAAGCUGACACUACGGAAGAUCAGUCCGGCGUCCAGUAUGACAGGUCCUCUGCUGGAUGGAAGGCACUCGCCCGCAACUGCUGCCUCUGCAGCAGGGCAGAGUUCAAGGCUGGACAGGAGAACGUCCCUAUCCUCAAGCGAGAGUGCACGGGUGAUGCUUCGGAGUCUGCCAUUCUCAAGUGCAUGGAGCUUGCCAUCGGCAGCGUUGCUGCCUACAGGCAGCGCAACCCCAAGGUCUGCGAGAUCCCCUUCAAUUCCACCAACAAGUACCACGUAACUGUGCACGAGACUGAAGAACCCGAUGACCCAAGCUACAUCCUGCUCAUGAAGGGUGCCCCCGAGCGUAUCCUCGACCGUUGCUCCACCAUCUUCAUCAACGGCAAGGAGAAGGUACUCGACGACGAGAUGAAGGAAGCCUUCAACAACGCCUACUUGGAACUGGGAGGCCUUGGAGAGCGUGUCAUUGGCUUUUGCGACUACAAGCUGCCAACAGACAAGUACCCACCCGGAUACCCCUUCGACGCCGACGAACAGAACUUCCCACUCACCGGACUUCGUUUUCUUGGUCUUGUCUCCAUGAUUGACCCCCCACGUGCUGCUGUGCCCGAUGCUGUUGCCAAAUGCCGAAGUGCCGGCAUCAAGGUUAUCAUGGUGACUGGUGACCACCCGAUCACUGCCAAAGCCAUCGCCAAGGCUGUUGGAAUCAUUUCCGAGGGUAACGAAACCGUGGAAGACAUUGCGCAGCGACUGAACGUACCCGUGGAGGAAGUGAACCCGCGGGACGCCAAGGCGGCCGUGAUCCAUGGCUCGGAACUGAGAGACAUCAGCCCUGAACAGUUGGACGACAUUCUGCGUCACCACACCGAAAUCGUCUUCGCCCGAACCUCGCCCCAGCAGAAGCUCAUCAUUGUGGAGGGCUGCCAACGCCUGGGAGCCAUUGUGGCCGUGACUGGGGAUGGCGUCAACGACUCGCCUGCCCUCAAGAAGGCCGACAUUGGUGUUGCCAUGGGUAUUGCUGGGAGCGACGUGAGUAAGCAGGCAGCCGACAUGAUCCUGUUGGACGACAACUUUGCCUCCAUUGUCACCGGUGUUGAAGAAGGUCGUCUGAUCUUUGACAACCUGAAGAAGUCCAUUGCAUACACCCUGACCAGUAAUAUUCCUGAAAUCAGUCCUUUCCUGUUGUUCAUCUUGGCUGAUGUGCCCUUGCCUUUGGGAACCGUUACCAUCCUGUGCAUUGACUUGGGAACUGACAUGGUGCCUGCUAUUUCCCUUGCGUAUGAGAUGGCAGAAAGUGACAUUAUGAAGCGUCAGCCCCGUGACCCACUCAAGGACAAACUUGUGAAUGAAAGGCUGAUCUCUAUCUCGUACGGUCAGAUCGGAAUGAUGCAAGCCGCGGCUGGAUUUUUCGUUUACUUUGUCAUCAUGGCUGAAAACGGCUUCUGGCCAAGCAAACUGCUUGGACUACGUAAGCACUGGGAUUCCAAGGCAGUCAACGACCUCAUGGACUCAUACGGCCAAGAGUGGACAUACAAGAACCGCAAGACCCUGGAAUAUACCUGCCACACAGCAUUCUUCGUGUCUAUCGUUAUUGUGCAAUGGGCUGACUUGAUCAUCUGUAAAACAAGGAGGAACUCUAUUGUCCACCAAGGAAUGAAGAAUCAUGUCCUGAACUUUGGAUUAGUUUUUGAGACUGCCUUAGCUGCGUUCCUCUCAUACUGCCCAGGCAUGGACAAAGGUCUCAGGAUGUACCCACUGAAGAUCAACUGGUGGUUACCCGCACUGCCAUUUUCCCUCCUGAUCUUCGUGUACGACGAGAUUCGUCGCUACAUAUUGCGCCGCAACCCAGGAGGAUGGAUCGAGAUGGAGACCUACUACUGAACAUUGCCCACGCGUAGUCUUCUUAUCUCUCUCUCUUCAACAGACCUUCUUCGUUUUACUUCUUUAUUUUUUUUUUUUCGACGAACCUUCGUUUUACCAUCGCAUUUUUUCUUUUAAGAAAAAAAAAACGAAAGAGGGGCGGAGGGGCUGCCCUGCCCCCCACCCUUCCCGGUAUGGACGGGAAAAGAAAAACUAUGUACCAAGCCAACCAACAAAAGCUGGCACAAGCGCGGCACACUUUUCGCGUUAGUAGCCUUAGUGUUGUUGUUGCUAGGAGGCGAGGAGGAGAGAGAGAGGGGAGGAGGGAAAGUAUUUGCUGCACCUUCGUAGUUUGAGACGCUUGGAGGAAGCUGCUGCAGGAAGGAGGGAUGGAGAGAGAAUGGGAGGAACUGAAUUGAGGAAGGGAGGGAAGGAAAAGGGAAAAGGGAGCUGCGCCGAGGCACAAGUGCUGUGUUUGGUAGCUGCGGACAAAAGUGCGAGGGAGGACCGAAACUGGGCAGCCGUUUGCCACACCACCGCUGCACGCAGGGGUAGGGAAGAAGAGACGUGGCACGGCAACUGCCCACACACACCAUCGUCGGCCGUGCUUUCGAAGAUCGGUGCACAAGGAGGUGCCCCCUUCCUUGUCAGUCGUCUCAAGACCACCACCACCACCACCGCUGCUGCAGCGACUGCCACACCGCCCCCUCCCGCCGAACGACCGACCGACCAACUGCCGCCGCGCCCCAGUCAUCGACCGCCAGGAGAGAAGGUUGGGAGAAAAAAGGUGGAGGGGGGAGAGAAACACCGCACCGAGCGCGUCCAACCUUUUCCAUUCUUCCCGUUCUCCUCCCUUUUUGACCGCUGCCAGUCCCUUUCUUCACGGCAACUGUUCCCGCCAGCCUUUUUUUCUUUCUUUCUGUCGGUCUCUCAUCUCUGUCAGAAAACUCUGGUGUCUCGCUCGGAGAGUGCUUUUGUCUUUUUUUUUUCUUUCUUGUGGUGUAGAUACUGUUUCUUUUUUCUUUCUCAUGAUAUCACUAUUAUAACUAUUUCAGUCGCUUUUUUUUUUCUCUCUCGCUCUAUAUUUUUUUUUUCUUUGCUGACGGGUGUGUACCGUAACAGUGCUCUUAUUACUGCUACUACUACUACUACAGCAUCAUCCCAUUAUCAGGAUCUUUUUUUUUUUUGUCUUCCUUUUCCCCGUUGUGUGUCGUGUACCAUACAAAUUUUACCCCGCUCUCACGUUGUUUGUUGUUUCUUUUCUUGUGGGGUAUUUGCAUGAAGUGGUCGGUACAAGUGGAAAAAAAAAGUUAAAUAAAGGCGAGGUAAUAUAUGGUGAACUAAAAGGACGGAAAAAAAAUGGCUUUGCAUUCAAUCGAGGCAAACUGUUACGUGGUAAAAAAAACUGGGGCUAGGUGAUGAGUUUUGGGUGUCUCGAUGCUUCGUUUUAGAGAGCUUUGGAGUGUGGUGUUCUUAGUUGCAAAGUUGCAGCAGCAAUUACCGCAGCGGGAACCGUAAAUAUUUAAAACACUUAGCAAGCGAGUUCACAUGCAAGUCGGCGUGAACAUUCCACAUUUGCCUGUCCCAGUUUGUUGGUCCCUUUUUUUCUUCGUUUUUUUUUUUUUUUAUUGCUGCUGCCCUUGGAGCCACCUCCUCUUUCCCAUCGCACCUCUUUCCUCCUCUUCCACUGCCGUUUUUUCGUCCCUUGUCACCACUCUCAUCAACUUCAGAUGCUUACAAAGGAGAACAUCGUGCACACAGAUACACACAUACAACCAACCACUGUGUGUUAGUUCUCAAACGUGCUUUUUUUCUUUCUGUUUUUCUUGUUACUACUUGUAAACUUGAGGAAUCUUGGUUUUUUUUUUUUUUUUUUCAUUGCAGCAGUGUAUCUGUUUCUUAUAGACAUGCGAGAAUGGACCUUUCUUGAAACUUUUUUUCAUUUCUUUUGCAAAGAGAAGUAGUUUUUCGGCCGUGGAAGGGAUCGGAGAAGGCUAAUUCCUCUUCCUGUGUCGUAGGGGAGAGUCACACCUGAUCAGAGACAACGAUGAUGUUGUUCAUGACCGGUACCCGGUGCAGCUAGGUAAAGAAAAAAAAAAUACCCUUCGACAUUUUGGUAGCAUGUAUUGUAGAGAAUUCAUACAACUCUAGGUAUAAAUGGUGAGAGACAUAGAAACACAUGCCGCUGUCGAGGUUAUUGUUGCUAUUGCUAACAGUUAAGCCUGUUUCCUUUUAUUCUUGCUGCUUGUUUAUACUUGCCCUGUCUUGAUGUGGCAGGUUGUGUAACAGGUUUAGAUUGUACCAUGCUGAGCAGAACUUCCUAUGUCUGGGAAAGAUGGUCUACGAUGGUCAUGGCUGGCCCCUUGUUGGUUUCCUGUUACGUACGUGUACUAUUGCAUUUCACUAGUGUAGCGCCUUUUUUUUUUCAUUUCUGUUCGUGCUCUGUCAUAGUUUCCGUUUGAGUGACAAGAAAGUAAAAUAUGUAGUUCUUAAACACACUGACAUGAGGGUUGAGGGUAAAUUUGGGGAGCCUCGUUGUGCUGAGGCUUAGGGACUACUUUCUCGGCCAGUUUGAGUGUUGUACUUUGUGUCGUUUCGUUUCUCUGGGUGGGUCGGGUUGGGAGGGGACGUUGUUAUCAUCCCAGAAGCCUUUUCUCUUUCGUAUAUGUUGUCGUUUUGUUUCUCAUGGAAACUGGCUUGGCGCUGGCAUUUGGUUAAGGUGGUUAAAAAAAAAGAAAAAGGAAAAGGGGUGCAAUAUUCAGAAGCGUCCUUUGCGUGUAUGAAGACGAGUCUAGGUCACUGCAAGUUGCGUGUAGUGUCGUUCAUUUUCUUGUCCAUUAUGCAGAGCAUAAUUUAUAUGCUUCGCUCUAUCUUUUUUUCCUUCUUUUUGCUCCCUUUUAGUGUUAUGCUAUAUCUUAGGUGCAUCACGUCCUUGUGAAAUUUUUUAAAAGUAGUUUCGUUCAGUCCAAAGCAAGCACUGCCGCUUGUUCUGCCUCGCGUGUAAAGAGCGGGGAAAACAACUAAGGUGUAUUGAAAAAAAAAUCAAAGAAAUAUACCAGCAUGCAGUUGACGAGACGAGAUUUUUUUUUUUUUCAAUUUGGCCGGUGUUGUAAAACUUGCACGCGUUGUGUGGAGAGAUGAAUUGAUCGGCAGCCGUUGGCUGUGGAUUCGGUUCUUUUGUUGGUUCGGUGUCACCGAUGCAUUUGGUUCUGUUGCCCUUUUUGUCUUUGCAUGAAGCAUUUCUUUCAGUGGGACUCUUUUUUUUUUUUUUUUUUCUUUCCUGUGCCGCGCAUACCACCAUUUCACAAUGAAGUUGUAUAGAUUUCAGAAAUAUUGCUCUAUAGAAAGCUGUAAAGAAGAGACACAUGCUAUAUAUUAUACAUAACAUAUAAAUACGUACCAAUUACAUUUUUUUUUUGUGACUGUCAUAUAACUUGCCACAUGAAAGCCUUGUUUUUUCCUUCCUUUUUUUCCUUGCUUUCUCGUUUUUGCAUUUGAUGGGGGCGAAGGAAAACAUAGCAGGUGCAGAUAAGGAAGUCUCCUUUCUUUGGUUUGCGUGUGCAAUGAAACGAUGAUGGUACAAAGAAAAAAAAUUGUGCAAGGACGGAAUAUUUUUACGGACACUUAUAUCUAGCACGCAUUUUUAUUGUAUGGAAAAGUGGAGUAGCUGGUUCAAGGAAUAAAAUGAAAUGAAAUGUU